AUGACUCGACGUCAUAGGAUUCCUCCCAGGCCCCUGCGACUCCCGCGGCGAGCGACGGCUCCAAACCUGUCGUCUCCCACGGCGUCAACAUGUUUUUCGUUCGCGAUGGCGUCGCAGACGCGUCGCACGGUCUCGCCACUGCGACAGCCGCUCGCACGCACCCUGCCCCCGUCCCCGCUCAUGCCUGGCAAGCGCAAGGCAUCCCCUCAGGAAGCAGCAAUGCUGCGAGAAUACGACUCCACCGACCCGGCCUUCUCCAAGCCUCUUCCUCAAUCUCCAGUGCACAAAGCACGCUCCCGGCUUCCACGCCCUCGUGCUGGUCUCUUUGUUUACGCGCCGUCGUCAUGCUGUGAAGGCCUUCCAUCUGCAGCCACCAGCAGCAACAGUGACUGCGGCAGCCCAGCAGGAGAAGGGCCAGAGGAGGGUGAAGUGUGCGAUGAGCCGAUGCAUGUUGGGAAGAAGGUUUGUCUGCGGCAUGAGGAGCAGCAUCUUGGGAAUAAAAUGGAUGAAGACGAUGUGGUGCUUGGAGCCGAGCUCCUCGUCUCACUGUUUGGCAGCUGCCCAGUGUAA